CUUGCCCUUACUAGAGGCAAUUUGAGCUUGCCACUUGUUGUUACAGAAGUGACAGUUUCCUGAGAAAAUGGCAUCUGCUCCUAACAACCACAGAAAACCCAGCGGGUCUUGCACCUUCUCCAGCCGACCCCGACCCAUGGAGACCCGCAGCAGAUACAAAGAAGCUCCGGAUAAACAUGUAAACAUUAUGUAUGACCGACGUAUUGUCCGAGGAAAUACUUAUGGUCAACUCGUCAUACCAACCACAGCUCAGCCGGACCCUGCUGAAAUACAAAGACAGCAGGAGAUCAGGCGGAAAUCUAUCGCUCUAAAACGAGCUCAAGAGCAGUGCAGGGCCAAGACUCCUGAAGCUUUGCAGGGCAGAAAACACAUUGACGUACAAACAGAUCUUUAUCUUGAAGAACUGAGUAAUGUUAUAGUGGCCACAGAAAUUGAGUGUCAGACUGAUGCUUUCCUGGACAGACCAGCGUCCCCACUCUUCAUACCUACCAAAUCUGGAGAAGAUGUUGCAACACAGACAGAGGAGGAAGAGUUGUUUGACUUUGACAGGGAGGUGCAGCCCGUGGUGGAGGUGCUGGUGGGUAAGACUAUCGAGCAGUCUCUGCUGGAGGUGAUGGAGGAGGAGGAGCUGGCCUGUCUGAAGGCCCAGCAGAGGGCCUUCCAUGAGCUGCGAAAUAUCCAUCUGGCAGACGUGCAGCGCCUUCAGGAGAAGGAGAGACGCCACAGUGAGGAAAAAGAGCGUAGGAUUGCACAGCAGACGGAGGUGCUGAGGAAGGAAAAAGAGACUGCAGAGAAGAUUGCUGCCCGGGCGUAUACCAAGCAGCACCUGGCUGACCUUGUACCUACAGCCUUCACCUCGCUCAGAAGCAAAGGCUACUUUGACGACCCCGUGGAGACAGGUCAGCCUCUGUUUGCCACAAUGCUUUCCUGCAUGAUUCAAGCUCAGCUACCCCCCUUUACUGUCACACGGGGGCAUCACGGCACUCGACUGCAAAUUCACCGAUAUUUCCACUCAUAUGAUCUGUAUUUAAACUUCUCCUACUUUUAA